AACAUGGUAGUUUCACGGGGUUCACGGGGCUGAUCUAGACCGAUCUAGACAAAGGGGGCGGCCCUACGUAAACAAGAGCAAUAGGAAUUGUAAUGCAUGAUUUUAAGGGCGAAUCGAUUGAUGAACGUGGUUUUGUAACAGAACAGUAGCUUGUAUUAUUUUAAGUACCGUUCAAAUUUGUGACUACGUGAUUAGACAUGUCUAUCGAAAUCGAAUCAGCAGAUGUUAUACGUCUGAUUCAGCAGUACUUGAAAGAGUCGAAUUUAAUUCGUACAUUACAGACAUUACAGGAAGAGACUGGAGUUUCCUUGAACACCGUUGAUAGUGUGGAAGGUUUUGUAUCAGACAUCAACAAUGGACACUGGGAUACAGUCCUUAAGGCAAUACAGUCACUCAAACUUCCAGACAAGAAGCUGAUUGAUCUUUAUGAACAGGUUGUGUUGGAGCUCAUUGAGCUGCGUGAGCUUGGUGCAGCUCGUUCAUUGCUUCGACAGACCGACCCCAUGAUCAUGAUGAAACAGCAGGAACCGGAACGUUACAUUCACUUGGAGAAUUUACUGGCUCGAUCAUACUUUGAUCCUCGAGAGGCAUACCCAGAUGGCAGCACCAAAGAGAAGCGACGCGCUGCCAUAGCACAGGCUCUUUCAGGAGAGGUGUCUGUUGUUCCAUCGUCUCGUCUGCUGGCUCUGCUUGGGCAGUCUCUGAAGUGGCAACAACAUCAGGGACUUCUGCCUCCAGGCACAACAAUUGAUCUCUUUCGAGGCAAGGCAGCUAUUAGAGAUCAAGAAGAGGAAAAGUACCCAACACAGUUGUCAAAGCAGAUCAAGUUUGGCCAGAAGUCACAUGUGGAGUGUGCCCGUUUCUCCCCCGAUGGACAGUACCUGGUUACUGGUAGUGUGGAUGGUUUUAUAGAAGUGUGGAACUUCACAACAGGAAAGAUCAGGAAGGAUCUCAAGUACCAAGCUCAGGACAACUUCAUGAUGAUGGAGGAUGCGGUGUUAUGCAUGUCAUUCAGCAGAGACUCCGAGAUGCUGGCAUCUGGCUCACAGGACGGGAAGGUGAAGGUGUGGCGCAUCCAGACUGGGCAAUGUCUGCGUCGCUUUGAGAAGGCACAUGUCAAGGGGGUAACCUGUCUGCAGUUUUCACGUGACAACAGCCAGGUGCUCAGCGCUUCCUUUGAUGCAACCAUCAGGAUCCACGGCCUCAAGUCUGGCAAGACGCUGAAGGAGUUCAGAGGCCAUAGUUCAUUUGUGAAUGAAGUAGUGUUUACGCCAGAUGGACACAGCUUACUGAGUGCUUCAUCAGAUGGGACAGUCAAGGUAUGGAGCAUCAAGUCAACAGAGUGCACCAACACAUUCAAGUCGCUGGGUGGCGCGGGUGAUAUAACAGUGAAUAGCAUCCACCUGCUGCCAAAGAAUCCUGAGCACUUUGUAGUGUGCAACAGAUCAAACACUGUUGUCAUCAUGAACAUGCAGGGACAGAUUGUGAGGUCCUUCUCUAGUGGUAAGCGUGAGGGUGGUGACUUUGUGUGCUGCACCCCAUCACCUCGUGGAGAGUGGAUCUAUUGCGUGGGAGAGGACCUGGUGUUAUACUGCUUCUCUACGGCUUCUGGUAAACUGGAGCGUACUCUGAAUGUUCAUGAGAAAGAUGUGAUAGGGGUAUCACACCAUCCACAUCAGAACCUUCUGUGCUCAUACAGUGAGGACGGACUGCUGAGACUUUGGAAGCCAUAGACAGCUUUUCGUUAUUCUGUGUGUAUUUCUGUGUUGGUAUGUUAGUGCAGUAUAUACUAUGGAUUGCAUUGAGUAUAUUUGUGUUCAGUUAUACCACUCUGACUUACCCAUACCUUCUCCCCAAAAUACAUUUGUCCAGUUUCUAGAUAUUUGAUAAGUUUAAAGAUUCAUAAGUAUAUGGUCUAGGAUGUGACACUGUGUAGUCUGGUAGAUGGGUACUACUCUUUCUACCCUGAUACUCAUGACUGGACAUAACGGUUUUUCACUGUAGUACCUUAAACUAAACAACACAUUGAAAUGAUCAUCGCUCCAGUCUCAUGUUUGAGAGGUCCCACAUUUUAAGAUCAGCGUGGACACUGAUGAGAUGGUGGCCUUACACAGUCUCUCCAGAAAGCACUGGGAUAAUACGUUAAAAUAAUCUAUGUUUAUUUCCAUGCCCUUCCCAGCUGAAUUAUAGUGUUUGACAUUAAAAAUCUGUAUUGCUGAAAAAGCUUCUUGAAAUAUGCUGCAAUACUACAUCAACUAAGUAGUUUUAGUUCACGUGUAUGUAUGAACCUAGAAAUGUUAAUACUUUGACACCAGUGCACAAAUAAAGCAUGUUCCAAUGACA